AUGGAUUACGACGAUACAUCUUCCCUGUCAUCAGAUUCCUCAGACUCUUCGGAUUCGGAGUCUGACUCUGACUCCGACUCUGACUCCUACCCUGACACUCAAGCUACCUUUCUCGCACGUAUUCGCUCCAUCAACGCGCGUGCCGAAAGCUCAGCCACAAAAGGUAAAAAGACCCCAGAGGAAGUCGCUCACGACCGCGCACUCGCUAUUGAACAGGCACAGAACGAGAGGAUUGCUAUGAAUUCCGACAUCAAAGACAACAUUUCCAAGCGAGCCGUGAAACAAGAGUUGAAGCAAAGGAGACGCGAGUUGAGGAAGCAGUAUCGCUUGAAAAGAAGAGAGAUGCGUGACACACACAAAGGAAAAGGAAAGGGGAAGGCGAAAAAGACGAGCGAGUGGAAAGAAGAGAAGAAAGCUUAUAGAGAUGCGAUGAAGGAAAUACGUAAGGAAAAGAAGAAUGCGAGGAGAGAAUGGAAAAAGGGAAAGGGUAGUAAGAGGAUUGCAAGGAAGGAAGAGGUCCAUGUCGAUGCCGGCCAACAGGAACUGAUGGACAUGAUGGUGUGGGUGGUGAUCGAAGAUAUGGGACUUUGA